ACCUCAGCUGAGACAGGUGUAAAGUUCUAAAGGCCAAGGAAACGCAUUCUCUGACCCGUACAAAGUACUGGACACUCUUGGUGUCUGCACUCGGUUAUGUCCCUUUGAGACUCCUGCAUCGGGGACCGCCUGGUGUCACUGCGUGUCUGCUGGUGCUGGAGUUUGCCACCUGCCUUCUUGCCAUGUCUAACGAGGUAGAAACGAGUACAACUAAUGGUCAGCCUGACCAACAGGCCGCCCCAAAAGCGCCGUCGAAGAAGGAAAAGAAGAAAGGCUCAGAAAAGACAGAUGAGUAUCUUUUGGCCAGAUUCAAAGGUGAUGGUGUAAAAUACAAGGCCAAGCUCAUUGGCAUCGAUGAUGUGCCAGACGCAAGAGGAGAUAAAAUGAGCCAAGAUUCUAUGAUGAAACUAAAGGGCAUGGCAGCUGCUGGUCGGUCUCAGGGACAACACAAGCAAAGGAUCUGGGUCAACAUUUCCCUUUCUGGGAUCAAAAUAAUUGAUGAGAAAACUGGGGUGAUAGAGCACGAACAUCCAGUAAAUAAGAUUUCUUUCAUUGCCCGUGAUGUGACAGACAACCGCGCAUUUGGUUAUGUGUGUGGAGCUGAAGGCCAGCAUCAGUUUUUUGCCAUAAAAACAGGGCAACAGGCUGAGCCAUUAGUCAUUGAUCUUAAAGACCUUUUUCAAGUUAUCUACAACGUUAAGAAAAAGGAGGAAGAAAAGAAAAAGAUGGAAGAAGCCAACAAUGCAGUAGAGAAUGGAGGCGAGGCCCUAAUGACUCUUGAUGACCAAACUAACAAACUGAAAUUGGCUGUUGACCGGAUGGAUUUGUUUGGGGACAUGUCUACACCUCCUGACCUAAAUAGUCCAACAGAAAGCAAAGAUAUCCUGUUAGUGGAUCUAAACUCUGAAAUCAACACCAAUCAGAACCCUUUAAGAGAAAAUUCAUUCCUAACAAACGGCAUCACCUCCUCCUCUCUUCCUCGACCAAAGCCUCAGGCAUCUUUCUUGCCCGAAAAUGCCUUCUCUGCCAAUCUCAAUUUCUUUCCCACCCCUAAUCCCGAUCCUUUCCGCGAUGAUCCUUUCGCACAGCAAGACCAAUCACCACCCUCUUCGUUUGAUUCUGCUAAAUCUCCAGAUCAGAAGACAGAGAAUUUGAGUGGCUUGCCUGCGCCGCUGAGUAACGGGCCCCUCAAUGGGGAUGUUGAUUACUUUGGUCAGCAGUUUGACCAGAUCUCUAACCGGACUGGCAAACAGGAGGCUCAGGCAGACCCGUGGCCCCUCUCGAGCGCACAAACCCAGGCAGCAGUGAGAACUCAGAACGGGGUGUCUGAAAGAGAACAGAACGGCUUCCAUGUGAAACCCUCCCCGAACCCCUUUGUGGGAGGCCUUCCCAAAGGACCGCCCGUGCCAAAUGGCGUCAAGCAGGACCUGGAAAGCUCUGUCCAGUCCCCCCCACAUGACUCCAUAGCCAUUAUCCCACCUCCACAAAGUACCAAACCGGGACGAGGCAGAAGGACAGCGAAGUCUCCAGCAAAUGACUUGCUCACAUCAGACAUCUUUGCUCCUCCGGACUCAGAAGCUCCAGGCCAGACGUCACCUACGGGACAGUCUGCAGCCCCACAGACCAAUCCUCUGGAUCUCUUCAAGACCAGCGCUUCUGCCCCAGUGGGACCCCUCGCAGGACUAGGUGGUGUACCAAUCACCCCCCCUCAGGCAGGACCAUGGAGCCCACCAUCUCUAGUGUUCAACCAGCCCCCUUCCAUGGUCCCAGGAGCCAUGAUGGGUGGUCAGCCUGCAGGAUUCGGUCAGCCAAUGGUGUUUACCACAAGCCCAGCGGUUGCAGGUUGGAACCAGCCUUCAUCCUUUGCAGCCUCAAGUCCCCCUCCAACCCCUGUUGUUUGGGGCCCAUCAGCCUCUGUGUCACCCAACACUUGGUCAUCAACAAGUCCUUUGGGGAACCCUUUUCAGAGCAAUAUUUUUCCAGCUCCUGCUGUGUCUGCCCAGCCCCCUCCUAUGCUGUCCUCUCUCCUGGUCACUCCCCCUCAACCACCUCCCAGAACUGGCCCCCCAAAGGACAUCCCCACCGAUGCCUUCGUUGCCUUGGACCCACUCGGGGAUAAAGAAGUCAAGGAAGUGAAAGAAAUGUUUAAGGACUUACAGCUGCGGCAGCCUCCGGUCGUGCCCGCGAGGAAGGGAGACCAGACUUCCUCCGGGACUUCGAGUGCCUUCUCCAGUUAUUUCAACAGCAAAGUGGGCAUCCCGCAAGAGAAUGCAGACCAUGAUGACUUCGAUGCGAAUCAACUGUUGAAAAAGAUCAACGAACCACCAAAGCCAGCUCCCAGACAAGGUGCCCCGCCAGUUACCAAAUCUUCUGACAAUGCAUUUGAGAACCCUUUCUCUAAAAAUUCUUUCAGUUCGUCACAAGCCUCUGUGGCUCUUCCUCAACCCACAUCUCCUGAUGUAUAUAAGGACGCUUUCGGAAGUCCUUUUGCCUAACUUCUGAACUUGGCUUGCUGACUAUCCAGAGGAACAGAAAGGUUGGCCUAAGUAGUCAAGGACAAAGCUGACAGCCAGACAAGUCCUGACCUCUGCCCUUGUUCCAGCUUUGACAUAUUACCUGUUGCCUUAUUUCUUGCUGCCUCUCCCACUUGUAAAAUGUUUCUCACUUUCUGUUUAGGUUCAAGCUAAACUGAAUCUAUGGCUUUAAAUAAAUUAAGAACCUAAACUCUCUAGCUUAAAUAGAAAUGAAGUAGUUUCCCUACCUGAACCCUUGCCUGUUGCGUCCCUGAAACCUUCUAGAACAUUCUACCAUACGCGCUCUGGUUGGGCGAUGCGGCCACCCCUGCGAUCAGACUGCUUUGAAUAAAUUUUAAAAUCCUUCCUGUUCAAGGCUGUGUCGGGGUUCUGUUUUAGAGAAUAAAGCCUGUGACCUUUAUCCUUUCUGUGGAACCGGGGGCCAUCCUCCUGAGCCGAAGUUCCAGGAGAGCAGUUAAUGUUGAAGAAAACCUGAACUCAACUCAGCAAUGAAGGGCAGCACAUCACAAAGUUAAAUGUGAUUGUGCCAAACAUAUUAGGUGCUUAUCUGGGGUCACACUAGACCUUUCUCAAGUAACUGGAAAACUUUCUUGAAGCCACAAUCUCAUAGUAAGUUGGAAGAUAAAUAGGAAAAAAACAAACAAACCCUGCAGAACAAUUAUUUGCUCCUAUCAUUGGAAAUCUAAUGUCUGAAAUAGUUUUUGUCCUCAUAACCUUGGAAAAUUGCCUGGUUCAUUUUCAGUCCUAUUGUUAGCACAAUUCUAAAGGGUUUGUUCUGGCCAAAAUGAGUUUUGUUGGCUUAUGUUGGGUUUUUAAUGUUGUCUCUUGACCCCUAAUGCUCAGGUUCCUGUGGGUGUUAAUCAACCACAUACAGUGUAACCUUUCAGUAGAAGAUGAGGGUGACUGCUCACGACCUAAACAAGGUGAUGGCCUCAUGAACCUGUCGAUUAGCCCCAGCUAGCCCAAGCUCAAGUCCUGUGGUUUUAUGUUUAAUGGUAAUAGCUCAUCAUAUUUGGCAUAAUUUUCCAUCCUGCUUCCUACUCCGUCAUUAUAAACACAGACUUGAAAUAGUAUUUUAUAUGUCCAAAUACCUAAAUGUGCUAAACUGGAGGCAAUUGUUUCUAGGUAGUUGAAUUUUUGAAAGUAGAAAAAUUUUUUGAAAGUGAUGAUCAGACUCUGAAUUGUUUUAUACAUACCUGUUUUCUUGUGCACUUUUCUGUAUGCAAAUAAAAGCUAUAAAUUUACUCAUUUCAAUAAACUGGAAUGGCAGAA